AUGACCCGCAAGCCCAAGCGGAAGCUCCCGGCCACGCCGGCAAGGCCCUACUCUUCGCCGGAGCCCUACUAUGGCCACGCCUCCCCCACCCCCGCGCAAUGCCUGGCCGUCCGCGACUCCCUCCUCGCCUUCCACGGUUUCCCCGACGAGUUCGCCCCCUUCCGCCUCCUCCGCCUCGGCCUCUCGCCGGAGGACGAGAGUGACCCGCCGGCUCCGCGUCCGACCGUCCUUGACGGGCUCGUCACCACCCUCCUCUCCCAGAACACCACCGACGCCAUCUCCCGCCGCGCAUUCGCCUCCCUCAAGGCCGCCUUCCCCUCCUGGGACCAGGUAGUGGAUGAGGAGGGGAAUGGGCUCGAGGACGCGAUACGAUGCGGAGGCCUGGCGGCGACGAAGGCAGCCAGGAUCCGGGCGAUGCUGAGGGGCGUGAAGGAGAAGAGGGGUGCCAUUUGCCUCGAGUACCUGAGGGAGCUCUCCGUGGACGAGGUCAAGAGGGAGCUUUCGCAGUUCAAAGGGAUCGGCCCGAAGACAGUGGCAUGUGUCCUGAUGUUCUAUCUUCAAAAGGAUGAUUUUCCAGUAGACACUCAUGUACUCCGCAUUACAAAGGCUAUUGGUUGGGUUCCUUCAAUAGCUACUAGGGAGAAGGCAUACAUCCAUCUGAAUAAUAAAAUUCCUGAUGAUCUAAAGUUCGACUUGAAUUGCCUAUUUGUUACUCAUGGGAAGCUCUGUCAAUCAUGUACAAUAAAGUUAGGUGCCCAGAAAACCAAGGGUGCCAAUGCUGUCUGUCCCUUAGCAAGUUACUGCUGCAGUGAAGAAAUAAUUCAGGAGUAGCAUAGUUGGUAUUGGAGUUUUCAGAAGAGGUCAUAACCUCUCAACAAUCCAAGAGCUCCAGCGGUGAAAGGAUUUAUGGCAGUGUUACAUGUAAUUGCAGUCUCAGGUUCCCCAUCUUGUUUUGCUGUUAGGGAGCUUCGAACUGUAUGAUUUCAGGCUAGGUCCAUACUUGUGAACUCACUUCUACCUACUAGUAGUACGAAAGUUUCCAGGUUAA